AAUAACAACAUGGGCAAAGGAGAUCCUAAGAAGCCGAGAGGCAAAAUGUCAUCAUAUGCAUUCUUUGUGCAAACUUGUCGGGAGGAGCACAAGAAGAAGCACCCAGAUGCUUCAGUCAACUUCUCAGAGUUUUCUAAGAAGUGCUCAGAGAGGUGGAAGACCAUGUCUGCUAAAGAGAAAGGAAAAUUUGAAGACAUGGCAAAGGCGGACAAGGCCCGUUAUGAAAGAGAAAUGAAAACCUAUAUUCCUCCUAAAGGGGAAACAAAAAAGAAGUUCAAGGAUCCCAAUGCACCCAAGAGGCCUCCUUCGGCCUUUUUCUUGUUCUGUUCUGAGUAUCACCCCAAAAUCAAAGGAGAGCAUCCCGGCCUAUCCAUUGGCGAUGUUGCAAAGAAACUGGGAGAGAUGUGGAACAACACCGCUGCAGAUGAUAAGCAGCCUUAUGAAAAGAAGGCGGCUAAACUGAAGGAAAAAUAUGAAAAGGAUAUUGCUGCAUACUGA